AUGCCAUCACGAUCCAUCACGUUUUGCUUUGCCAGCGUUGUUCAACGAUGGAGGGCUCAUGCUGGCGGCGAUGCCCUGGGAGGCGCGCUGUCCGGCCUCAGGCGGAACUUCUUUCACGUAUCCGAUGAGCUGGAGGAGCCUUUUAAACCACUUGUGGAGCGCCUAAAUGAUAGAAUGAUGCUCAUCGAGGAUGGAUUGGAGAGUGCCCAAGACAAGGUGGACCUCGUCUCGCACUCCCCGGCUGCUCCAGCACUUUGGAUUGUGCUGAUUGCCUUGAUCUUCGCCUGUCUCAUCCUGGCUUUCAUUGGCAUCUAUUGCAUCUUUACGCUCCGACUGUCAUCAAGGCCUGUCAAGGAGGUGAAGCGGCCCGCUUUGCGCGCAGUGCUUCAUGCCUUAGCCAUGGAUUCUCCUGCCCCGGAUAGAACCUUGGAUGCUGAGGUGAUGCGGAGGACUUUGGGAAUCCUGCGACGAAUUGCGCCCCCCGUGAGUUUGAGCGAGGGCCUUGUUGCUGCUAUGCAACGUGAGCAAGAGCAGCGGGCUGCUGCCCUUCACGGGUAUUCGAGAGUGCAUUUCAACCACCGGCGAGACUUCGAUGGACCGUGGGAUGUUGAAGCGUCAACAACUGGGCCUGCAGUGGAGGUGUCAAUUGCGCUUGAGGCAAUGGAUGUCCGGAUACGGCAAAGGAUGCUCAACCUGUCAACUUCACAGCUACCGCGGAGCUCUGACUUUGCAGUGCACCUGCUGGAAGAACUGACGCAGGCGCCGAACAGGCCGAUGCCAGAGGUUGCUGAAAGCGCAGGGGAAAUGCUGUUGCAGGCGUUCACAUCGCCAGAAGAUCAUCGUGCCUUGAUCAUUGCUCUGAAUAUUGCAGCGCGCGCUUUGCCUGGAAACCGCUGGCGUUUCAAGGAGGCAAGCCUCUGCAGCCUCAUGCGCUUGGGUGCUGAUUCCCGUGCCAUUGUUGCAUUGCUUCUGCACGAUCUAGACGAAUGCCUUGGACAGUCCUGGGCAGCCGUCUCUAAGGUCUUUGCCGACUGCCCCGAGCUAGGCGAAGAGGUUGUCAACCUCAUAGAUGAGAAGAAGAGGCUGGAGCAGCUGGCCUUGCUUCUCUACCUACGCGCGCUCUCUGAGGAGACCAAAGACUUUCGCGCGGCUAUGAUCGAGAUUGCAGAGGUGGAACAGAUCCUACGCAACCUCUCCACUGCUUUGGCAAGCAGGUUUGGCCUGCCAGAUGAAGGACGAGCUCUGGCUCGUUGCGCUUUGGACCUGCACGUCCCUUUGGCCCAUGGCCUUGGCUUUGAUGCGCUGGUUCACAAUGGUUUUCCUGUCAACGAGCGGAUUACCCCGUCGCUUGAGAAUCGCGCGCUGCGCUUGUAUUUUCCGGAGGAGUACAGCAUGAUUGAGGCGUGGAUGCGCGAAGAAGAUGAAUUGCUCAAUCGCACACUUCAGAGAUGCCUCCGAGAAGUUCGGAGAGCACUCGAUGCGGAUCCUGAUGUUGGCGCGCUGGCUACCUGCAAGGUCAGAGGCCGAGUGAAAAGUGUUUACAGCAUCGUGAAGAAGCUUCUACGGCAGCGCGGUGUUUCGCGCGAAGAUCUCAAAGCUCAAGCCAUCAAGGAUUUGCUUGCUGUCGAAGUGGUCGUGGACCCCGAUCCAUUCGCAGAGGUGCCCAAGAAUCCCGAGUGGCUGGCAGAAGAGUGGCGAGAGAGAGCCGCCUGCUUCGCGGUUCUUGAUGCGCUGCAGCGCUACGCGAAGACAACGAAGGGAUGGUCUGUUCUGCCUGGGUCUACCAAGGACUACAUCACCAAAUCCAAGAAGAGUGGCUACCGGGCUCUUCACAUAACACUGUGCACCAACGUCACAACGCAGAUGCCGAAGGCAUCGAGCCGGGCCAUCGCCCAGCUGCGAACCGUUGAUACGAUGCCUUGCAAGCUCGAGGUGCACGUUUUCUCUGGCUCCAUGAAGCAGAAGGAGCGCAAGGGGCUAGCAUCACAUCACCUCUACAAGGCUUUCGAGUUGGGACCCGAUGAGAUCUUUGCUUCGCUGGGGGGACGGGCAGCAGAUUCCAUAGCUCCUUCCGAGCUUCGGCGGGCCGUCUUCCCCCUGGAGCGCUUGCAUCUUUUCGGCGAGGCUUUCAGUGCGGACUACAUGGACCGCGAAUUUGGGGAGCUGUGUUCCAGCUGUGACCGCAGCCAGGACGGCCGCCUGACCUUUGUCGAUGUGCAGACAGCUCAGCAGCAGGCCUCCAAGCGGCUUGAGGACUUCCGUCGAGCUUUGGAACAGCGAAAUGCCAACUGGUGGGUGCAUGGGGUCCAAACAGUGGACUCAUCUGCACCUUUAGGGACGGCCUCCUGGGAUUGGGCCAAGUAUGCAGCGGAGCUGGAUCCACAACAGAAGGUGUCGAUGUUGCACAAGGCAUUGGACAUGACCAAGGAGGCUCAUGCUGGACAGGUCAGAAAAUCAGGUGAUCCAUACUGGACGCAUCCGCUAGCUGUCGCUGAUAUUCUCGCGCGUGCGUUGCUCCCUCCUGACUCUACACCACCUGAGCCUCGAUGGCAGUUGGAUGGCCCAGCUGCGCUGGAGCAGGAUGCUCAGAAACUGUGGGCUCGGGUGGCAGACGGCCCAGAUGACAUUUUCGCAAUGUACACAGCAGCCCUGCUGCACGACACCGUCGAGGACACCAGUGUCACAUUGGAACAGAUAGAGGGUGCCUUCGGACCUGUUGUGGCUUCACUGGUGGACGGCGUGACCAAGGCAUCUCAAGCAUCUUGUACAAAGUCAAGAGUGUCCCGUUCGGCACAGGACCUGCGUAAGGUGCUGACGCGUGCUGCUCAAGAUGUUCGAGUCCUGGUCAUCAAGUUUGCUGAUCGCUUGCACAAUAUGCGCACGCUGGAGCACAUGCCAGCUUCGAAGCAGCGCAGAAUUGCUGAAGAGACACGGGCCGUGUACGUUCCUCUUGCAGAGAGAUUGGGCGUUCACAUUUGGAAGACGGAGUUUGAGGAGCUCUGCUGCCGCUAUCUAAACGGCUGUGCAUACGAGGAAGUCUUGGAGCGCAAUCGACGAUCGCAGGUUGCUAGGCAGCGCCAUCGUCGGUACAUACAGCAGUACAUUCGGACGAUGAUGGUGGAGAUGACCUCCGACUCGAUUCUAGAAAUCUCCGUGCGUGAGGAGCCACCUCACACACAGCUGCGGCGGUGGGCAGAUCGUCCAGAAACUGACACUCCACAGCCAAUCCCACGGGUGCGAAUUGUAACAAAGGACCGUGACGCCUGCUGGGCGUGUCUAGGACGAAUCCACUCCAUCUUGCCGCCAAUGCCCGGAAGACUGCGAGACUACAUAUCCUCGCCAAAAGAGAACCUUUACAUGUGCCUGCACACAACCGUGUUGAUGGAUGGUACGGCAGUGGAGGUCUACAUCCUGAGCUUGGAGAUGGAGUGGGUCGCGGAGUUUGGAGUUGGUGCCUUCUGGCGCCAUAAUGAGGACCUGCAGAGAAGUGAAGCUGGAAGAGGCUUUCUGGCGGCGUUGCACUCCACGUGGAUUUUGCAGGCCAACCAGUCUCUCACGCACAGCUUGCAUUCUCUGGAGGUGUCGAUGGAGCCGUCAUCUUUGCCGGCAUCCUCAAAUUCGAGCUACAGGGAGCCACCGCAGCCUCAACCACUCCAAAGUUCCAUGGCUCCAGCAAGUUGGAGCCUACAAGAUUCUCUCAACUCCCGUCGAAAUGGCUCAAGCUCUUCACGCUUCGUGGACAGCUUGAGCUCACCUGGGCCAAAGAGCUCUGUCAGCCCACUGAAUGAUUCCUCCCAGCGAUUCGACCUGGAAAGUGAGCUCGAUGAAGAAAGCUCUCAGGCUGAUGAUCCAGGAGCCUCCGCGGAGCAAGAAGAUGGUUUGUACGCUGUGCAGCCACUACUGCAACGUAUCUCCAAAGUAGCUUCUGACUUUGCCGGCGACACAGGAAGUAAGGAGCGCGAUGAGGGUGAGGAUAGCGGCGAGCUGCUCGCAGAGCUGCAUCGUGCCUACAGUGAGGCUCUGCGCGAGAAAGUAGCUGUGUUUACUCCAACAGGGCGUGUGCUUUACCUUCCUCGUGAUGCCACGCCGCUCGACUUUGCUGUGUGGAACCUUGGCGCGAAGAAGGGGCUGCGGGCAGAAGCUGCUUUCAUCGACAGUAGUGAGGCGACUCUCAACACGAGGCUGCGAGAGGGUCAAACGGUUUUGGUCCAUUUGCAUGAUGACGAGAAGCUUCUCCCGCCACUCGAGUGGUCUGGAGUCCAUCUCAGGUAUCUGCGCACAACCCGUGCUCGAGCGGCGCUGGUAGACAUGAGGACCAAAAUGCUGUCAGAGUCGCAGGCGGUGGAAGAAGGACGUGAGGCAAUCCGUAGAGAGCUUGCUCUCCAUAGUCUGGACCUGUCACUUCGGCAACAGCUCGGUGACAAGGUGCUUGCGGCCCUUGGCCGCGGCGCAUUGCCUGUCGAGCUAGUGAGUGGUCAGCUGUUGGCUGCCAGGCUGCACAUGCCGUUAGGUGACGCCAGCUACGAGUACACGGGUAACGCUGGUGUGGUUUCGUCUCCUGGAGAGGCCUACAAACAGUGCUUCAUGCUGGUGGCAGAGGACAAGCCUGGGCUUCUGGUGGACGUGGUGGCCGUCGUGCGUGACUGCGGCCUUGACUUUCAACGUUUCAGCGCAGAACCCUGUGGCGAUGGUUUGUGUGUCAUGGUCGCGGCUGUACAAACCGACUGCGCGCUAAGAUUCGGAUCGCUUAUGCACAAUCUACGAUACCGUGCGGAACCUGUGCUGCUUCAGCGGUUGCCCACCGAACUGGCAGGGGAAGCCUUGGAGGAGUGGACACUGAAGGUGCCCGAGCCCUUGGCGGACCUGUCCGUGUGGAGCUGGAAGCACGAGGCGCUGAAGAUGGUAAUGCCAAGCCCCAUGAAGGCUGUCCAGCCAGCAUGUGAUGACUCAUUCCGGCCUUUCAUCGGAGUGGACUGCUGGGCACUGUUUCGCGCUGUGGCAGAGUUUUCAUUCCUGAAGGGCCCUCGGAGCUCUGCCCUGAUGUCCGCAGGGUAUUUGGCUUACUUUCCGCAGCAUGUCCUUGCCAAUUUUGUGGUGAUUGCCCUGCGAUAUCCAGGCCAGUUCCGCAGUCCUCCCGUGCGAGAGCUGCUGCUGAGGGACCUGCGAGAGCUGGCACAUUCGGAUCAUGGGGCAGCAUCUCUGCAGCCGAGGUUGGAUGAUGAGCGCCGCUUUGACAGACAGUACGUCAUUGAGGAGAAGGAAAAGCCUGUCGGUGAAGGUACUUACGGCGCCGUGCAUCGCGCCUUCUGCAAUCGUUUGCAAAAAACAGUUGCGAUAAAGCGUGUCAAGAUGGAGCACGAAGAGGAAGGAAUGCCGAGCACUGCAAUUCGAGAAGUUGCCGUGCUGAAGGCUGCUGAUCACCCAAAUGUCGUCAAGCUGCUGGAUGUUGCUUGCAGUCCGGGCCGCUUGCAUCUGGUGUUCGAGUUCGUGGACGCGAACUUGAAGCAGUACAUGAAGAAAUUUGGACUGCGACUAGAACCGGAUAUUGUGCGAUCCCUACAGAAGCAGCUGAUGAACGGCAUUGACUAUUGCCAUGCACGCAGGAUAAUUCACAGAGACCUCAAGCCACAAAAUAUUCUGGUUGACGGUGAGAACAACCUCAAGAUUGCAGACUUUGGCAUGGCGCGCGCAUUCAACCUUCCAUUGCCGAAGUACACUCACGAGGUGGUGACGACAUGGUACCGUUCCCCUGAGAUUCUCUUCGGAUGCGAGGAAUAUUCUCUAGGCGUUGAUGUCUGGAGUGCUGGAUGCAUCCUCGGAGAGAUGGCAACUGGCGCAGCAUUGUUCCAUGGAGAUAGUGAGAUCGACACCAUCUUUCAGAUCUUCCGGAAGCUAGGUACGCCCACGGAGGCCGACUGGCCUGGGCUUGCGGACCUGCCGGAUUUCAAGCCAACGUUCCCACAGUGGAGGCGCCGUCCGUGGACUGAAAUUCGAAACAUUGCAGCGCAGUUGGGUGCUGCCGGCGUGCGACUUCUGGAUGCCAUGUUGCGAUAUGAUCCUGUUCGUCGCGUAUCCGCGAAGCAGACUCUGCUGCACGAGUACUUCAGCGCACAAGCUGAUGUGAUGGAUGCAGUCAUGGCGGACUGA